AUGGUUGAUCUUCAAGCUGUCAUCCGUUCUAACACCAGCCUCUCGCGCGUGAAUGGCCCCCAUGUGGCCCUCUUCGUCGGCGCAACCUCUGGCAUCGGUCUUGGUAUCCUCAAGGAGUUCACGCGGUCUUCUGCGAAUCCUCGUGUCUAUAUUGUUGCCCGUAACGCAGCCGUUGCGGCUUCUAUCGUCGAUGAAUUGCGCCGUCUAAAUAGCAGCGCCAUUUUCGAAAUCAUCGAGAAAGAUGUUUCGCUAAUCAAAGACGCUGAAAAAGUGGCUGAAUAUGUCAAAGCGAAGGAGUCCUCCUUGGACCUGCUCUGCAUGUCUGUAGGCUUUUUCUCGCUGGAUGGAAGAAAAGUUGCUUUAGAUACCACCGAGGGACUCGAGGCUAGCUUGACAACGCGCUUCUACUCCCGCAUUCGCAUUACCCAGCUUCUUCUCCCUCUGCUCAACCAGUCCCAAAGCCCACACGUCUUGUCCAUUCUCGCCGGCGGGAAGGAAGGCCCGAUCCAUGAAGAUGAUCUGGGUCUGGACAGGCCUGAGAAUUUCUACGUUAGCUCAGCAAACACCCAAACUGCCACCAUGAUGACUCUGGCGCUGGAGCAUCUAGCGUCCGAGAACCCUCGCAUCAGCUUCGUUCACGCUUUCCCCGGCCUCGUGGCCACGCCACUGAUGACUCGCAUCAGCAGCGGUAUCCGGGGCGUCUUGAUCCGUUACCUCGUAGCGCCAGUGCUCAGCUUUUUUGUCAGGAGCGUUUCUGAGGCGGGCCAGAGGGGCUUGUUCACCGCCACCAGUGCGCGAUAUAGCGUUGAUGACGGCAUAGUCCCGCUCGCUGGAGGCCUACAGAAGGUCGAACGGAGUAAAGGCGGCGUUUUCCUCAUAGAUGAGAACGGCGAGGCCCCCGAUAACGAGAAAGUUCUUGAGGAUCUCAGGAAGCGAGGCGUGGAUAAAAAGGUUUGGGAUCAUACUAUGGAGGUCUUCGCUGAUGUAUCGUCGGGCUAG